CCGUGCACAGCGGAGAUCGCCAACGCAGUGACGGCAGCAGACAAACCCUCCCUCCUACGCACACACACACACGCACGUGUGUGCACACAUGUGCAGUGCCAGCGCAUGACUUUGGACAUUAAAUUCCUUUCGACAAUAACACCGACCGAUCCAACACAACGGACUUGCCUAGACGCAGUGGGGAGCAGAAGAGAAUUGGGAGAGGGAGAGAGAGAGGAAGAGAGAGAGAGAGGGAGGUAGGGAGAGAGAGAGCAAAAUAAGUCGAGGGAGAAGCACACGGAGAAGAGAGAGAGGAAGGGAGGGCAUCAAAGUAGGAGGGGGAAUGGUGAGAGCAAAAUAGUGCUGCCACCUGUUUUUUUUCCCAGUGCCAGGGUGGCAGUGUGGGUAAUGAAAAUGCGAAGCCCCCCAGCGCGGCUCGAUAUGCCGAGCAUGAGAGGCGUGCGCGUGGCGGAGAGGCACCGUUAAUAAUCGCGCUGCGUUGGUCGCUGUCCAAAUCUUUGGACAUGUUUUAUUUUUGAAAGGAGGGGAUUUUUUUUUAAAAAACGCCACACAAGCGGUGUGGGAGGAGGUGGGGGGGGGAGGUUUGCCGAGCCAGCUGAUUGUUAGCUCGGAGAGCCUGGGGAGAAGCUCCUUGGCGUCCAGGUGCUCCACGGGGGCGGUGAGCGACGCUCGGGGAACCCCAUGGGUUGCACGGUGAGCUUCACCUGCUGCGAGGAGGAGGAGGAGGACACCCCCGACAGACCGGAUCAUCAGAGCGAAGCAUCUCUGGCAGCCAAGGGGAAGAGAACGAGAGGGAGGAAGACGAGGAAGAAGGGUGAGCGAAGGAAGCUUCUCAAGCCCGAAGAAGCGGAGGCCCCCAACGCUCACACCUUCAAAGCUAAGAGCUUCAAGCGGCCCCGGGUGUGCGGCGCGUGCAGGCAGCCUCUGGGCCAGCAGGGCCUCUGCUGUCGCGUUUGCAAGUAUAUCUGCCACAAAAAAUGCGAAUCAAAGGUGGCGGCCGCGUGCUCCACUCCGGUCAACUACGAGUUGUCAAGCAGCCUGGACAUCCCCUCGAAGCAUGUAAACCCGACAGCGUUGGUGACAUCUAACCCUGAAGGUUUUUCUAACACCAGGCGUAAACCAAGCCAGCCGUGCAGCUGGAGCGUGGAGCUGAAUAUGGAGCCCGGCCAGGAGCUGGAUCUCACCUACAUCACCGAGCGAAUCAUCGCCGUGUCUUACCCGCCGGGAGGCUCCCAGCUGACGUACCAUCAGCAGCUGCGCGAGGUGGCGCACAUGCUCAAAUCUAAGCAUGCGGACAACUACCUGAUUCUCAACCUUUCUGAAAGAAGGCACGACAUUGAAAAGCUCAAUCCGCAAGUGAAGGACUUUGGAUGGCCCGACCUGCACGCCCCUCCGCUGGACAUCCUCUGCAGCCUGUGCAAGGCCAUGGACUCGUGGCUCAACGCGGACCCACAGCACGUCGUCGUCAUACACUGCAAGGGCAACAAAGGUCGAACUGGUGUGGUGGUGGCCUCCUACAUGUACUACAACAGCAUCUGUGCCAGCGCUCACCAGGCCCUGGACAGAUAUGCAAUGAAGAAAUUUUACGAUGACAAAGUGGCAGCUGUGUCGCAGCCCUCGCAGAAGAGGUAUGUCACCUAUUUCAGCGAGCUCCUUUCUGGAAAAACCAAGGUGAACAACAUGCCUCUCUUUCUACACCACAUUGUGGUGCAGGGCCUGCCCAACUUUGAGGCCAAUGGAGGUUGCCGGCCAUUUCUCAAAAUAUACCAAGCCAUGCAGCCUCUCUACACGUCUGGCGUCUACAACAUCACAACCGAACAUUCCAACAGUUUCUGUAUUACAAUCGAACCCGGGCUGCCCCUGAAGGGUGAUAUCUUGGUCAAGUGCUACCACAAGAAGUACCGCUCGGCCACGCGGGACGAGGUGUUCCGCGCGCAGUUCCACACGUGCGUGGUGCAGGACUUCAGCCCGCUCGCGCUCGGCAAGGAGGAGCUGGACGCCGCCUGCCGCGAUGAAAGAUUUCCUGAAAAUGGGAAGGUUGAGUUUAUCUUCUCACCGGGUCCAGAGAAGCCCCCAGGCAGCGACAUGUAUCAGAACGAUCCCGAAUUAAGUGUCGAUUACAACACCUCGGAUCCCCUCAUCCGCUGGGAUUCUUACGAAACCUUUAACGUGCACCGCGAGGACAGCGUUGAAGAAGUGCCCCACACGGAGGGCCCCGUGGAUGGCAGCCUGUACGCAAGGGUGAAGAAGAAAGGCUCCACGGACAGCGUGCCGACCGCCGGCAACGGCCUCUCUGUGUCGACCAGCGGCGCCGCGCAGCACAACCGCUCCAUGAGCACCGACUCGGGCAACUCCACCGCGUCCACCAAGACGGAGCGCACGGACGACCCCCACAGCCACCUCCACGGCGCCGCGGCGACCGCGGCGGGGGGAACGGCGGCCGGGGCGGGUGGGGCCGGGGAGCCGGCAAAGCGGCCGGCGCGGAACGGCGGCGGCAGGGAAGAGUCGGCGUGUGGGACGGCGCAGGCGAGCGCGGCGCUGCGUGUGGUCCCCGUCCAGGUGCACGUCAACGGCGGCUCGGCGGGGACGGAGCGCGAGACGGAUAUUCUGGACGACGACGAUCUGGCGAGCGGCGGCGCGUGCGGCUCCGGAAAGGCGGGCGAGGGAGCAGUCAGCGCCAGCGCCGAAGAUCGCGUCGCCGCGAGAAACCGCAUCGUCAACGUUCAGCCGGCCCUCGUGAACGGGUAUGCUCACGACCGCAGGGCUGGAAAUAUCCCAGGAGAAACAGUCGUGAUGAAUGCGGUGAACCGAAGUUACAGCGCUGCACCGGUGAGGAAUGCUCAUGGUAACAGUGGAAUGGGACUCUAUCAAGAGCAGACAAUGAAGUCCUCGAUCGUAAUAAGAAGCCCUGAGCCUGUUCCAAAUCAAACGGUGGCAUUUGACCAGAACAGUGCCUACCAGCACGUCGGGCCUGCCUUCCAGCAGCAGCAACAGUCGAUGGCUGAACGAGGGGGCUUUUACGGACACCCGGCUGCGGAGGUGACGGGGGACAGAAUCGGAGCGCCGGCUCCACAGAGAACGCCGCAGAUCCCGGCACGCAGCAUGAGCAGCAGGAUGGCCGUGCAGCGCACCGUGAGCAGCUGGCAGAGUCGCUCGCGACCGCUCACGCGACAGCAGUCCGAUGUCACCUACGACCGGCCAGUUCCAGGUAAGGCCUACGAGCAGGAGCUGCCUCCUGGCCAGGUGCUGGCGCUCGGCUUUCCGGAUCUUCAGGCGCAGGCCGACUUUGAGAAGUCUUUGCUGGAGCUCAACAAGCUCAUCCAGGAGUUGGACCCAACCUUCAAACCACUGGGACCGCCUCCGGAUGGUAACUGUGCGAUUGUCAAUCGACCAACGACAGAAAGCACCACCGACCAUCGUUCACCUUCCAAUAAGUCCAUCGUAUACAACCAGGCUGUUAAUGGGAAUGGAUAUGUCCAGAAACCAGUGGAAGAAUACACGGAAAAUAUGAGGCCCUCUGAGGACAUAAUUGUUCAGCACACUCAAACGUUAGCAUUUGCAUCGCCAACGUGGAACAGUGCACCGGAGCAAGGAAAGCCACAAGAGGUCGUGCACAACGGCCGCGUUGCCUACGCCGGCGGAUUGUGUGCAGCACAGCAGCCUGGAGCUCCUCCGCCACAGCCUCACCAGGCAGAGCAGCAGGUGGGGCGCACGAUGGCUCAGCGAGCCGGGCGGGACGAGAAGGAGGGCUCCGAGGGAGCUCGCACCCCGCGCAGCAACUCCAGCCUGAGCUACUCGCUGUCACCCUGCUCCUCUCCCGAGCCCAACAGCCCAACUCCCACGGCAGCGGCGUCCUCUCACACGACGACGCACUCGGAGGGACACGCCGGUGGGCGGCCGAGGUCCGAACGCGCGGAGGUGGGGAGCGGCGGCGGGACCCCGGUGCCGGGCGGGCGCGAGGAGAGCGUGCCGCCCACUCCGGCGUUCCCCGUGUGCCCGCCCACGCCGUACGUGAACCAGGGUCGCUGCACGCCGGGGAUGUACGGGAGCCCGUUUACUCCCGGGCUGCACUCGUACAGCCCCCCCGAGGGGGGCUACGGCGCAAGCCCCAGCCUGGGGUCCAGACUGGGGAUGGGCGCAGGAGGCCGGCCGCACUUGAGAAAUGGCAGCGAGGCGCCUCUGCAGAAAUCGAACAGCGUCGGGGCCCAAUCGCACAACUCCCAAUCUUACAACUCUCCCGGCAACGUGGCCUCGCCUGCCACAGGCCUCACGAGCCCCCAAGGUCUCUCCGUGAACAGCCAGCCGAGGACCUUCGGCAAGGCCCCCCAAGCCCAGGCCAUCGGCUCGGCGCCCAACGCCGGUGGCAUACUCCUGCAGCACCACGGGUCUCCGACAUCAAACGCAGACGGCCAGGUUCACCAAGGCCAUGCGAGCGUCAACCACAGCGCCGAAACCUACGGUCACCCGCAACAGAAUUGGCAGUACCGCGGGUCUCCCGUUCAACACCUCUGGACACCUCCCACGAAUUCCCCCGUCCUCGGUGGCAAUGGUCAACAGCAGGAAUCGUCCGAUCACCCGGUUCAGCAGGGCAGCGUGGAGGGAGCCCUGCAGCAGCUGCAGCAGCAGCCCGCGCUGCCGGAGAAGAGGUACCCCCCCGGGGGAGACUGGGUGGUGAGCUCGCCGCACUACACGCUGGUGAAUCGGGAAUCGCCGUCGCCGCUUGCCAGUGGAACGCCCACCAUGAGCUGCUUCUCACCGUCCUCCACGCUGCCCGGGACCCUGCAUGCGAACUUCUCGAGGCAGUCCAGCGUCACCUCGCUCCCCAGCGAUGUAAGUGCCGAAACUCGAGCAUAUGUGAAGUUUGUCCAAGAUACUACAAAGUACUGGUACAAAAAGGACAUUUCAAGAGACCAAGCUAUUGCCGUGCUCAAGGACUCGGAGCCAGGCUCGUUCAUCAUCAGGGACAGCCACUCUUUCCGCGGGGCCUACGGUUUGGCUGUUAAGGUGGCAAUGCCCCCCCCGAGCGUCCUCCAGCAAACCAAAAAAGGAGACCUGGCCAACGAAUUGGUCCGGCACUAUUUGAUUGAAUCGACUCCCAAGGGCGUGAGGUUAAAGGGAUGCCCCAACGAACCCUUCUUCGGGAGUCUGUCCGCUCUGGUCUACCAGCACUCCAUCACCCCACUGGCGCUGCCCUGUCAGCUCAUUAUCCCCGAUAAAGAUCCGAUGGAGUGCUCCGAAACGGACAGCAGUGAAGCCAACACUGCGAAUUCGGCAUCAGAAUUACUGAAGCAAGGAGCCGCAUGCAACGUGCUGUUCUUGGGCUCGGUGGAAAUGGAGUCUCUGACGGGGCCGCAGGCCAUCGCCAAGGCCGUCGGGGAGGUGCUGGAGGCCAGCGCCGCUACACCGGCCGCCACCGCGGUGCACUUCAAGGUGUCGGCGCAGGGAAUCACCCUGACCGACAAUCAGCGCAAGCUCUUUUUCAGGAGGCACUACCCAUCCAUCACAGUGACCUUCUGUGACCUGGACCCUCAAGAAAGAAAGUGGCAGAACAAUGGAAGCAACUCUGCAAACAUCUUUGGAUUUGUGGCAAAGAAACAGGCCAGCACGACGGACAACCUCUGCCAUCUCUUUGCCGAGUUGGAGCCAGAGCAGCCAGCCGGCGCGAUCGUCAACUUUGUCACAAAGGUUAUGCUCGGGUCACAGAACGUGUCCACGAAGCCAGCGCCGACCCCGUGAAGAUUCCCUCGUGACACCAGCCCCCACUUGGCACGAUUCGUCACUAGACCGCUGAUCGGUGCCACUCACAAAACAGGACCACACUGCCAAAACAUGUAUUCAAAUGCUGGGAUUAGGCGGUUUGCUUAAUUGGUUAAACGCAACGUUUGUGCAGAAAGAAAAAAAAGCAAUGAGCUGAACUUAACGAAAGCUUUUAUUCGAGGCACUUGUUCGAGAUUUCCAGACAUCUUGCUGCAUCACGAAACAGCAGCUCAGCUGCUGCUCAAUAAUGAGACACUAAAAUUGUAAUCCGCUUUUGGCAUGCUUGGAAAUACAGCAAUGAAAUGUGCAAGGUAGAAAUAUAUAAAAUGGUCAGCACUUUGCCAAAUUAAUGUCAAGAGCUUCAACAGUACGGUUGUUUGUUAUUCAAUUAUCUUGUGUAUUUAAUGAUUUAUGAGUAAAAGUCAUGAGGAGAAGGGUCAGCCUGUCAUGCAGUUAUCCUGCAAAUAAUGUAAAGAUAAUGUUGAUAAAGCACUGCACCACGUGAUGUGGCUCUUAUCAAAAAUGUUUUUACGGGAAAAGACAAUUCCAGAUCACACACAGCCUCACCAUGGUUGGACCUAAACAGCCACACACCAAAUCACGGAUGUUGGAUCAAUUAAGCACUUGCAUAAUAACGAUAUGAGAUUAAAACACUCCUUGACAAAUGCAACUGUCAAAGGGAAGCCAUUUUCACGAGUCUACGAAACCUAAAUUGAUUGGGAAUGCUCGUUGCAUUCUCGAAACCUGCAUUUUGAAAGUUAUAUUUUUUGCCGGCAUUCCAUUUGAGUUCUGUCGUUUUUAUUCCGAAUAACUUUUUGUACAAAACUGUAGUUUAUUUAGCUUUAUGAUCAUGUAUUUGUUUUGUGAUUUUUACUUCUAGUAUAAGCAAGACAUUUGAAAUGUGUGCAUGUUAGUAAAAAGGUAGAAGUAUUUUUAAUCUCUUCAAAAUAUAUUUAUUACGCUUUCCUGUAACACAGAAAGCUUCUCAUAAAUUGUGUAUAAUCUGUUCAUAGCCAAAGUGCAAACUUUUUUUGCUUUGCUUUGAAAUAAAAUAUCGUAAUGGUUUUAGGUGGAGGUAUUCAGUCACCUCUGGUCACCCUAGUGGAAAGUCUGCCCAGGUGAGAGCUAAACAAUGGAUGAGUCGUGUCAAUCCAUAAAUAGUCCGAAUAUUAUUCUGAAAAAUAGCAUGUACCUCCGUGUUGUACACGUGGCACAGGCUUUCACAAAACAGAGGGCAUAGUAGGUUCCCAUAGGUUUAUAUUUUCUUGUUCAGCCCAUUGCAGGUUAUUUGGGCACCUUUUACUCAAAUUCAAACGGAUAUUUUUCUUUUACCUUGUGUGAAUAAUGGAUAAGAGGGGUGGGCGAGGUAAAUACACUGGGUGGGACAGAACAGAGGAUUACUUGUAAAUAUUUUAGUUUUAUUUUACGAUUCAUAAAAUGCGGUCUCAUUAAUAAUUUACUUAUAUUCUACGUACACGUUUUUGUUAUCGCUGAAAAAAGUUAAACGUAAACAUUUCGGAUGUAAUAUGCGUAAACAUGAGCGUAUCAUGCUGGUUACCUGGGAAACAAUCCGCACUUCGUAAUCACGAGGGACGCGUCCCCAAUUCCCGAUUAUACAAACGCGUUUUGUUUUCGCACGGAAUCUGAAGGUGUGACGUCACAGGGAGUGGUGCCAUUCCCUGUGACGUCACGUGGCCCCCCCCCCCCCCCCGUUCGCCACCACGCGGUGGCGUCGCCUCGCAUCGGGCGAGGUCGCUUUUGGUCGCGCAAAAGGUAGGAAGGAGUUCAAAUGUCAGUUCGUUGGCGUUACGUAACAAGCACAUAAUGCAAAUGAACUCGCAAAAGGAUCUGAAAUUAUACUAUUUGGUUCUUUAGGUAAAGUCACGUAGAAAAAUAAUAAUAGAUCACGAUGUUUCGAUCGCCACACAAGCGAUCGUCCUCAUCCCACCUGAGGACGAUCGUGUUGUUUCUGUACAAAGCGAUACACCAAAUUGGCAGUCUGCACGUUUGUCGAUGCUGUGCGAGACGCACAGGGGUGGGUUGACCGACAGAUGCCUGCACCUCGAAGCAAACGGGUGGGGUAGUCUGCUUGAACACCGAUAACCUUACACCUAUAACACCGACUGAUUUUGUCCAAUACACAGCGGCUGUGUCCCUCCGACGCUAAGAGUGUUGUUCAGUGUUCGUGGCUAAUGUAAACGCCACAUUAUAUCCAUCAUAUAUAUAAAAAAACGCAUGAACAAUUACAUUACCCAGCAACCGUCUAGGAUUUUAAUAUCCAAUACAACUUCGUAACAAAUGCCGCGCUUGUAGAGUGUAACCUUCGCAGAAGGGUGGUAACAAUGAAAUGCGUGGAGAAUUUUUCAGAAGGUUACAAUGGAUUUGACACGGACAAGCACGCGUAAAAAGUCUUUCCUUUCAAGAAUAAAUCGCAAAUACCAAUCUCAUGUGCAGCAGAGUGGCAAGAGGGUGGACUAACAAAGUGAAUGUUGUGCACAAAAUCUGGCUCCCUUUAUACAAUUGAUCUCCAAAUUGUCUAAAUGUCAUUUGUAAUGUUUCAUUAGCGCUCUCAAUCAAUCAAAUAACGAAGCAACUUAAAGGGGGGGGG